GCCUCCCUAAAGAAACAUUGUAUUUGCUUAUUUCAUCUAGUUUGCUUCUUCCGUAUUCAAUGGAUAAUCAUUGUUGAUCUUUGCCGAAUCUGCUUUUUCGGUGUUGUGACCGUUUUUGUCUUUAGUUUGGAUGCAUUGCAUCUUGUUAUGUGAAAAGACAUUCGAAAUGACAUUGCGCGAACAUUGGUGAAAUCUCCACGAGAUAGGAGCUAAAGGAAGCCUGAUUGAAACAUAACAGUGAUGGUGCUUCAGGUAACACUUGGAGCUUCUGCCGGGAUGAAAAAGCCAAUUAUUCAUGAUAAUGUGAUAAGCUUGGCAAUUAACGACUAGACCUGCCAGCAAGUCAUUCUUCCUCAACGAUAGAAGAAUCGUUCUCUGGUAUUCAGGAUAUAACUUUUUUGAUAGUUUUCUACGAGAUGAGGCGAUGUUUUCUGAUUGGUUAAGACAAUGGCAAUGCCGUCGGUGUCUAGCUAGCUGCUGCCUGGUAUUGGAUAAUACAGGAUUGAGAUGAUUUCUAAUGGAAGAACCCUGAUACAAUGGAAAAGGAUGGAUUAUGGCUACAAAACAUGAUAGUUUGUUACCAUUGAACAUCAGAACCUUUCUCAACAAUAAGGAAUCUAUUCCAGAAGGGAUAGAGUUGAAUUGACCCUGGGUAUUGUAUUGAAAUGAUAUUUUUGGUUGCCUACCUAGUAUUUGACGUUAUUAUGGUGUUUACUGAACUCAAAUAGGAAUAAGCAAUAUAUUGACUUUUGGAAAUCAUGGCUUCAACUUUAGAACGAUCGAUUUUGUCACAGUGCAGAGGGAUUUAGAUGAUUUAUAUGAAAAACAAUGUUAGAACGUAGUGUAGUGUAGAAGAAUUUGGAAAAUUUUGAGAAAAGUAAGGAAAUAUAUCCACAAUGUUUAAUGCUCACGCAUUAGAAGCCCGUGAUAAUAACUCCCGUAUUGCUUUUAGUCGGACUAUGGGACUUGAUGACAGUCGUAGUGUCUACGGACGGGGAAGCUUUGGGAAUGUGGCCUCGAAAGAGGCGUCUGCCAAAUGUUAUGCUGCACGGAAAGUGGCAAAAGACAAUAAACCCUCGCCAUUGGCAACAACGAGUAAAUACUCGCCAAAAGACGGCAAGAAAAAGAAAAUUGGGCUGAUGGGGAAAAGUGCGAGUGUAGAUAGCGCGGAGAGUGCUGCGUCUUCCAAAGCAAAAAAGAAAUUUGGGCAUCAAGGUAAAAGCAAAAGUGUAGACACUGGGACUGCUUUGGCAGUCAAUCUUUCGACAUCUGCAGCUCCUGCUGUGACUGUCAGCCAACUUACAAAAGUCCGUAAGAAGUUAGCGCUGACUGGAAAAAGUGCAAGUGUGGAUAGUAGUACUUUGGCAUCACUUAGUAGUUCACAUACGGAUACUACUAGUAGUGGGUCGUCACGGAGUGGGAUUAUCGUACGGCCAAGACAGGAAAGGAUACACUCGAUUGGUGGAUGUCUGGGGUGCUGGCCGAGAAAGGGUCAUCUGAGUACGAUGGAGGAUCCAAAUCGUGGUGUGGAUGACAAUCAUGGGAGCGGCAGUAACCCUGCUCGGCCCAUGGCAGAACAUAAACAGAUGAUGACCGAAAUGAGGGCCCAGAAUUUUGAUGUGAUACGAUUCGCAACAUAUCGAACAGCAUGCAAGCUCAGGUUUAUACAGAAGAAGAUAAACCUCCACCUCGUCGAUAUAUGGAACGUCAUCGAAGCAUUCCGAGAGAAUGGCUUCAACACCCUUGAACCGAACAUCGACGUGAACGUGACACGUGUAGAAUCCCUCCUGUCUAGUAUCUUCUGCCAGCUCAACAAACGUUUACCCAACACGCAACAGAUCAACAUUGACUAUUCCAUAAACCUCUUGCUUAAUUGGUUACUCUACUGCUAUGACAAAGAAAGUCGAGGGAAGGUGCGAGUGUUAUCAGUCAAAGUGGCCUUAUCCACACUGUGUGCGGGAAAGCUCAUGGAUAAAUUACGAUAUGUUUUUACUCAAGUCUCGGACACCAAUGGCUUCCUCGUUCGUCAGAAGUUUGAGGAUUAUCUCAAGGAUAUUCUGGCCCUUCCGUCUGCUGUCUAUGAGGGACCUUCCUUUGGAUACAGCGAAAGUGCUUCAAGAUCAUGUUUCGAUGGGAGGAGCAAAGUUACAGUCAAUGACUUCCUUGAUACGCUGAUGUCUGAACCUGGUCCCCAGUGUCUUAUGUGGUUACCGAUAUUACACCGGAUGUCAGCCGUAGAAAAUGGUAUGGUUAAGCAAAUCUUUCAUCCGAUCCAGUGUGAGGGCUGCCAUCGGGAGUCGUUUAUGGGGUUCCGUUACAAAUGCCAGCGGUGUUAUAAUUAUCAUUUAUGCCAGGACUGUUUCUGGCGAGGUCGAACGUCAGGUAACCAUAGCAACGAGCAUGAGAUGAAGGAGUAUUCCUCUUAUUCAGCUAAAAGCCAAGCCGACCCUGAGAUAGAUAACCAGCAGUCGCCUUCUAAACAGCUUGGACAUUCCAUUCGGAAGUCAUUCCGGUGUGUGCCCGCCAAACCCCCAAACAAUCGAAUACCACAUUUCCCUGAGACGCCCGAGAAAACGAUAGACUUAUCCAACAUAGUGCCACCGACCCCAGUCCCUGUACAUAAUGGCAUCCAUGAAGGAGGCUCCUACACUCACUCCCAGGACCUCUCGUCACAAGACAGCGGAUCAGCUACGAAAAGUCCAAGCAAAAUGCAGAGCCUUGAUUGCAACAAAGUUGAAGAUGAACAUCGGCUGAUUGCGCGAUAUGCCGCGCGGUUGGCGGCAGAUACAACAAACGCUUGUCCCACUACAGUUACUGUUGCGAGCACACCAAGUACAUCAUCUGAACCGAGAUACAAUCCCAAACGAGUACAAAUUGAUGCAAGAAGCCCGACGGAACUCAAUUUUAGCCUGGAGUCGAGUAAAGCCCAGCGUGAACUCAUCUCUCAGCUCGAGCAGAAGAACAGGGACAUAAUGCAUGAAAUCCAGCGGCUACGGAUAGAACAGGAGUCGACGUCGCGUCACAGUAUGGAGGUGCAGAGAAACCCAACGUUGUUAGCGGAGCUACGUCUGCUCCGGCAGCGGAAGGAUGAGCUAGAGGGGAGAAUGUCGUCACUGCAGGAUAGCAGGCGGGAACUUAUGGUGCAGUUGGAGGGGCUCAUGAAACUAUUAAAGAAUCAUGGUUCUCCACGAUCAACACCGGGCAGUAGUCCUCGGUCACGUAGCGGUCAAUCACCAACCAUUCCAGCUGGCCGAGGGGUGAGCAGCGGCAGUUCGCCCAGCACGCCAGGAGAGAGAGAUUCCAUGUCUAUGUCCGGCUUUGGCUCCGAUAUGCGGCAAGCGUUCAACCAGACACAGACGGGCAGUAUGCGAAGUUUACGGAAUGAUUUAUUGGUGGCGGCUGAUUCUGUGACAAAUGCUAUGUCGUCGUUAGUGAAAGAGUUGAAUUCAGAGGCCUCAAGUGAAGAAGAGGAUGAGAACGGUGGCAAUGGUGGUUCUAAUCGGGGCAAAAAUGGCCGAGCUUACCAAUGGAAACAGGCAACAAUGUAUUUCGAAAUGGAAUGUGAUAAUGUUUUAGAAAAUCAAACAGCGGGAACAUUGGGGACGACGGUGUCCAGCGACCUCUCUGGGUGGAAGGAGGAAAUGGAGAAACGCUUUGGGGACGAUCAGAAGUUCAUUGCCGAGUUACGCGCCAGGAAGGAAAAAGAUUUGGAUCUUGGAAAUGAAAAUUAUAUAGACCGGAACAUAGAUGUGAUGCAGACAUCCUCCUACACCAACAGGACUGACGAGGAGAGUGUUUUAACAGAUGCAGAGUCGUAUGUGAGGACGGACGAUGAUGAGAGUUACAACUUCAGAACAGACGAAGAAGAUGCUGAGCUAUAUGAUAAAGAUCCCAAGGAACUUCUAAAGUACCACCGAUACACGACAGAUGACGAGAGUUGUCUGGAGACUGAUGCGGAGUCGUACAUACGAACAGAUGACGAGGACGGCGGGAAUACGGACUGGGAGGAGAAUAUGAGACGAUGGGUCAACCGAUAGCACUACCAUGAUCAUUGUGUGUUUGUUCUGUGCCGUUAGUGUUCAAGUCAGCUGGACAAUCUUAUUCAAGUGAAUUUGACAUUCGUCUUCAAGUGAAUUUGACCUUGAUAUCAAAUUUGACACUUGUGAUCAAGAGAAUGUGACAUUUAUGUUCAUUUUAGUGAAUUUGACGUUCAUCCAAGUGAAUUCAAAACUUGUGUUCAAGAGAAUGGUACGUUAAUAGUGAUUUCAGCAUUCAUUGAAAUGAGCUUGGCUUUGAAGAGAAUUUGAUGUUCAUUCAAAUGCAUUUGGAGUUCAUAUUGAUUUUGACAAACAUGUUGAUGUCAAAGUGAUAAAUGAAUCUCACGAUAUUGUGCAAUGUAUCUGUGAUGUCACAAGACUGAAUUCUUGCUAUUCACAAACUUCGGGAGGAGAAUUCACUGUCUCAAUGCAUUUACUUUUGGAUUAUUGGUCUCAGUCGGUGUGAUUGUGACUAGAAAUUUGUAGCUAUUGCUCUAGCUGCUAACCUAAGUGAGGGAUUUGUUAGAGGCAGGCUCAAGUAUACCUUGCCUAUGCACAAUUGUUGAUUUCUCAAAUGUCUAUCAGUCCUAUGGAUGUUGAGGAAGCCAGAGAUGGUUUGGGAGGUACAUGUAGCAACGUGAAUCCGAUCAGACAUGUAUAGAUGAUGAAGUCCUAUGUCUUGUAUUGUACAUUCCAUUUAUACUCUAGUCCAGUAAUUGUUUGCAUUUUGCACAGAAAUGCACCCACCUGUGUUAUCCUAUGCACCAUGUACAGUCAGUCACUUGGUACAUGUAUAACAAUUGAUUUCUAAGCGCCAGAGACCUCUGAUCUUGAAGCUUCAAGUUCAGGAGCAGCCAAGUCUGCUUAUCUUUUGGCGAUAUCCAGUACUAUAAUGUGCAAGUUUGGGCGUGAGUGACAGUUGCAUAUUUGUACGGGAGAUUUGUACCGGUGUUUAGCUUGGCAUAUUUGGAGACAACGCCGUGGUUUGCUCACUUGGUUGAAUGAUGCUGUAAAAGUGAAAUGGUCCCAUUUUAUAACCUUGGUUGCUAAAUUGAUUGUUACAAUGAAGUUGUUUAACAGAUAGUUUCGUAGAUAAGAGAUAUGAUUUCUUUUCUCCCUUUAAAAAAGUUACACCAGACCUACCAUUCCAUGUGUAAUUUCACCCCAAAGCUUACAGCCUACCCCUAGCACAUCAUUGUAAUGAACUGAGCCAAAAUUAUUAUCCAUUUGAGACUGGGUGUUGGAUUAGUCCAAUCUGAAUCGGGGAGAGUUAAUACUUGGACAAUGUGACACUAUGUAUGAUUCAUAAUUGUAAAUAAAAACAUGCAUAAUCAAUCCAAACACAGGGUUGUAUAGAAACAGGAGAUGUUUAGAGACUUGUAGUGUUUCCAUGGUAACAAGAACUCCCAACUUCUGAUUUAUUUCAAUUGCCAUUAUAACUCCUCCAUCCCCACACCAUUUUGGAUUUUGGAGUCGUCCGCUCAACCUGACUAAAUAUUUUAGAAAAUAUUGUAGAAAAAUUGUAUCCACUUACACAUUUGAGAUGAGUUCCCGUCAUAAAUUCUGAGGUUGAAAGCGUCAAUUUCAUUGUAUUUACUUCCAAACGGAAUCUAAUACAUGCCUU